ACUCCCUGAGUUGGCCAUUUUAAGCGGAAUGAAGACUGUCAUUGUUUUAUUUAUAUCUUGUGUAGCAAGGCUGUGCUCUUGCGGACUGGAAUCUUCAUUCUCCUUUGAUGUGUCAAACCCGGAUAGGGUAAAGACUACGCUUACUAGUAAAAAAUACUCUGGAAUCGAGCAUGAUCAGUAUUCGGUUGAUGAAGAAUAUACUGUCACUGAAGUUAGGGAUGGAGGUACUACCAUACGGAAGAUUACUGAAGGUGAAAAGUGCACCGCUAUUGAUUUAUACUCUAAGGGUGAUGAGAAGUUUCUAGUUGUAUGGGUUUUUAGUGGAACUUUGCAACUCCUUCGUUUUGAAAAGAAUGGUACUGAAUGGAAUCCUAUUACAAAGAAAGAUUUUGAUAACAAGCUCUCUGAAAUUUCUCCAGAGGCAUCUCAGGAUGCUGACGCCUACCAGUCUACCAGUCUAAACAUUGCAAAUCCUGACAAGUCCAAGGUAGAUGUCUCUGAGAGGGAAGAACAUGGUGUUACAUACAAAACAUAUUCCCUAAAUGAUAAUGUCUACGUUUCUUCCAUUGUAGAGAAUAAACUGAUUAUUUUGACAAGUGGUGGAGGCAAAAAGCUUAAAUCCGCACAAUACCAUUUCUACGAUAGAUAUGCAUUUUUAACCGUAGACUCGAUUGAUCUCGGUUCUCCUACGUCCGAGUAUUUUAGAAAAGAAAAUGGGAAGUGGGUUCCCAUAGAGAAGGAAAAGUACGAUAGGAAGCUAAAAGAACUGCUGGAGCAAGCUGCAGACGUUGCCAAGCGGGUUGCUCGAGAUGAUGAAGAAACUAGCGAUUCUGAAGCUCCAUCAGGUGAUGCAGACACCCAGUCAUCUAAACAGACAGAACAUGAUCCUUCAAAUCGAGGCGUUGUCGAUAUUUCUAUAGUUAAUUCACCCCUUUGCCUAUUCAUUGAUUACACGUUCGCUUCUAAUGCAAUAAAACUUGUUGUCCCCAGGAAUGAUGUUUCUGUUACAAAGCUAAUGAAUGGUAAGGAAGAGAUCUACACUCUUUCCUCUGGAGAGACGUUCGAGUAUGCCAGAGUAUAUCUUAACAAAGGCGCAAAGUCUGAACUUGUAUUUGUAGUCACCAGAACAUCUUCUGAAAUAUCACGUAAAGCAUAUUGUAAAAGUGGACAUGUUUGGAGAAAUUGUAGCAAUUAUGACGCACAGAUGAAAAAUUCAAGAGUUUCUGCAGAAUGGAUCUCAAAUUUUGAAGUUGACCUUGCAUCAACCACCGAUACCUAUGAGUGUACUGUAUUUCAAGUAGCGUUACUAGGCAUUACUACCAAACAAUUUUACCCAAAGCCUGGAUACAUGGCUAUAGAGGUAAAAGACGGAAAUAAAGUUUUAUGGCAUGCAGAAAAGCCUCAGACUCUUAAUGGAACGUUAACCGGAGUCUUUGGCGGUUACAACGGCUACUGCCGUUCUUGCAUUAUUUCUGAGAAUGGAGAUAUGAUGCUAUUAGAAAUGGCCUUGUUUGUGGAUGAAUCAAUGGUCUAUAAGUACUUUGAGAAGACUACUGAUGGUAAAUGGGCUCCCAUAGAGAAGAAAGACUAUGAAAAGAAACUAGGCCAAAUAAAGCAACAUUACAUUAAAAAUAGCAAGCCAAGGGAACAGGCUAACCCGAAUGAGAAGAAACUCCUCACCAUGGAGAAUACGGAAUAAAUAGAGCAAUUUAACAAACAAAAUCUGAAAUAAAGAUUUACACUCACGAUUAAUGCAGCCAGUCGCCAAUUGUCAAAAGAGUUUCCAA